UCGGCGUCGAUGGUCAACGCCUUCGCGCGACCGGCUUUCAUCAAGAGUGCAGAAUUCGCUCAAACUAUGGACACGUUAUACGAGACAAUAUAUCCGACCGAAAAGCCUGUGGAUAAUAGCGUUCAUUCAGCCAAUAGUCAUGUGAAUCGGUGGUUAAAUAAUAACAAAUUGGAUUCGUUUGAAAGCACACACAAUACGGAACAAGAGGUCUGCGGCGCCGGCAAUAGAGAUGUGUUGUGUGUGUCGUCGCCGAGCAAACAGUUGUCCUCCGAUUCGCGGAAAUCUAUCCUUAAAGCGAUUCCUAACGAUAUUCGAAAAAGUGUCGUCAAUAUGAAUACUGUUCACAACAGCGCCAGGAGUUUAUCGCAAACGGAUCUCAGAAUCAAUUGUAACCCAAAGGGCAGUUCGACAAGUAUUGCACAGACAGGCGCUGGCAGUGGUAGCAGUGGUGGGCCCUUACGGAUAGACAGGUCGCCGUCAUUUGUCAAGAAUAUUCGCAACCGAAUGAGUCUCCGGAGGGCUAAUCGACUCAAUUCACCCGAAAAGCACGAAAAGAUGAGUCGUUCCUAUAGUCAUAAAACCCUUUUGUCUCACAACCAAAAAAGUCAAUCAUUGAAAGCACAAAAUUUUGAGACAAAUGAGUGUUCAGAGAGUUUGGACAGAAUUUGGGGCGAAUUGAUUAAAUUGAAUUCCGAUUCCUCGCAAGUCAUUCAGAUUCGUCGCCAAAAGGGCCGCGCGUUUGGCUUUUUCGUGGCCCGCGGGACAGUCAACCACAUCAAAGGCGUUUUUGUUUCGCGUAUGAAAGACGAGGAAACGCAGAAGUGUUUGACAGGAGUUCUUGAGAUCGGAGACGAGAUUCUGGCCAUCGAUGGCGAGUCUGUGAAAGAGGCCAACAUUAUGCGAGUCAAUCAACUCAUAGCCAAUAAAGACACCAUUCGUCUCACUAUUAUUCCGUAUAUGAAUAAUAAAUAUCUUUAAUUGAUUUUCAUUUACAAAUUCAUCA